ACUAGGAUUCGAUUUUCAGUUUUUCACCCUCGAGUCGGGAAGGAAGUGCUUCGGUGGGGACAAUGGCUAGCGAGGAGGAGAGACAUCUAGAGACUCAACUGGAGCUUCAAUUGCAGGAACAGAGGGAUUCACUUUCUGCUCUCAAUGAUGCUCUGGUCUCUGACCCAGCCAAUCCUGAGCUCCUCGCGGUUCAUGAGGAGCUUGUUCAGGCAAUCAAGGAUGCAGAGGAAGGGCUUCUUCACUUAAAGCGUACUCGAUUAUUGCAUGAAGCAGAUUCAGUGCUGAGUAGAUCUAAUCUUUCCACUCCAACAGAGAAAGUUGAGCCAUUCGAACCCACUGAUGUUGAACCAGACCCUCUUGAGGAACAACAUUAUUCUGUUGGAUCUAAAUGUAGAUUCCGUCACACUGAUGGGCGUUGGUACAAUGGUCAAGUAGUGCAGUUAAAUAGUUCUUCAGCAAAGAUUUCAUUCCUUACGCCUACGUCUGAGAAUAUGUGCAGAUGUGCAAGUUUUUUUCUGCAACAACGAUGUCGGUUUGGUACUAAUUGUCGUCUAUCACAUGGUAUUGAUGUUCCACUUUCUUCCCUUAGAAAAUAUGUUCCUACCAUCUGGAAGCAGAACCUGGUUGGUUCAAGUAUAUGGGCAGUCUCAGAUGUCAAUGCUGGCAUUUGGAAGGAAGCUGAGCUUGCAUCCUGGGAUGAAGAACUUGGGGUUGGACAAGUUGUUUUCCGAGAUGAUGGAAGUUCUGUGAACUUAGGAGCUGAAGCUAUAGCAUCAUCUGAAUGUGCAGAAGUGAGUGAUGAAGAGAGUGAUUCCAGCUUGGAACAAUCUGAUUUUAGUGACUAUGAAGAAGAUGACCCACAAGGUUUAGGCUUUCUGGAAAGUACCAACCUGCAGCGGGGUAUUCAGACUGAAACUGCUAUAUUUGCUAAGUGGGAGAAUCACACCAGGGGUGUAGCUUCCAAAAUGAUGGCUAAUAUGGGUUACCGUGAGGGUAUGGGUUUAGGUGUUUCUGGUCAGGGAAUGCUUAAUCCCGUCCCAGUGAAGGUCCUUCCACCAAAGCAAUCCUUAGAUCAUGCUCUUGAAUCUCAUAAAGAUAAAGUAGAAGAGAGCAAAGACAAUCAAGGCAAGAAACGAAGUAGAGGUGGUAAGAGGAAGCGUGACAAGAAAUUUGCAGAAGCAAUUCGUGUAGCAAAAGAAGAGGAGGAAUCGGUGUCAGAUGUCUUUACACUAAUAAAUAAUCAGCUGGCAAAGCAUGGCGAAGCUAUAAAUGGGGGAUCAGUGAAGAAGCAGCAAAGUAAAGGUUCAGGGGAAGGUAAAAAGGUUGAUAGGCGGGCUUUGAUUGCAUAUGAAGACGAGGUGAAGGACUUGAGGAUUCGAGUUGAGAAGCUUGAAGAAAUGGUGAAUAGAAACAGGAAAGAGAAGGUAGUUUAUGAGGCUGCUAUGAGAAAAUUAAUUGAAACCCGUAAAGCCUUAACAGAGGCUGAAGCAGCUCAUGUCUCUGCCUCAAAUGCAGUUGUUAGCAAAGAAAAAGAGAAGAGAUGGCUGAAAUUUUAGGAUGCUGGACGAAAAAAAUUAUUUUUUGGGGGGGGGGUGUUGAGGGAAAAGAAUUUUCUUGGUGGACCAUAACUAUAUAUUUUUAGACUGCUUUGUCAUAAACUAUUUGUAAAUAAAAUGGGAUUCUUUUACUGGAUGUUGUACUUUUUACUGGGUAGCGUAGAUUGUGAUGUUCUUACUGUGUCGUUGAAAUUUAGAUGCUGCAGGGACAUCGAUUAUUUCCCUUUCCCCUUAGUAUGGGGACGGGCUCAACAAACCUGAAAAACGCGCCAAGAUGAAAUGGCCUAUAUGCAACUAAGUUCAUAGACAUGAAUUCCUUGGUCGGGAUGGGUUUAACAAAUAACCGUUGAGAGGGCAUAGUCAUUACAAUGACCCAACAGCGUUGUGAACUUGAAUCAUUGUAAGAGGUUCACCGGCUUUACAAGAGACUACCAGGAAAAACAAGUAAUCAAGGGAGCUAAUUAUUGGAGAUUGACGUUGCAUUGACAGCAACGUUCUUGUCUAUAACCUACAUGAUGCAUGCAACUAUGCUUCAUCAGAAAGGCAAGGAACUCUGUUCCCUAAGCCUAUCACUUUUCAACUCUGUAAUUGGUUCUGCUACUUUAUUAUAAUUGCAAAUAAUUU